UAGAAAGAAAACCACUGAUAAAACCUUAUUUUUUUCUUCUUUGCUCUUUUUGGUUUUGCUUCGAUGCUCUCUUUCGCGAAACGGUUUCAGCUUCGGCCACUGACGACGUCGUUUCUCCUUGGACAGCUCCGGUACGCCCGAACGCGGCCAAAGUCGCCACCGGUGGCACUGAGGAAGACGGAGGAGCGGUCGGAGUGGUGGGCGUUGGACGGCGAAAUGCACGAGAUCGGCGAUCACGUGCCGCUACGUGAGCGCUUCGUGAUUCCCCGAGAAAACAUCCCCAACAAGCGCCGCAAGCAGCUCAGAGAACAAUUCAUGCGCCGAACACGCCUCGUUCUUAAGGAAUCCGAGCAUGAUCCUUGGUGUAAAAGGUACAUGGAACUGUAUAAUGAACUUAGAGAAAACUGGGAGAGGCUUUAUUGGGAUGAGGGUUACUCCAAAAAGCUUGCUCAGGAUCAUGCGAACUAUGAGUCUGCUGAAGAUGAUGAUAGGGAUUUCUCCCCAUACAGGAGUAGAAGACCUCAGCCUCAGAUGGAUUAUAGUAAGGACCAGACUUUUGGAAGAAACAGACAACCUGAUAACUUGGAGAAAGUUAGCGUUCUUCGGGAUAAAUUUGAGUAUGACCGAGAGAGAAGAAUGAGAGAAAAAGAUGAGGAUCAACCAAGGAACACGGACUUUGAUGCACAACAAGGAUUUGGUGGACCAAUAACAAAGGCAAGUGCUAAGAAAAGCCAAUGAAGCCCGAAUUGGUUCAAAUUCACAUAUGGAAGACUUGAAGCCCAAACUACUUAAUUCAAUUUGAGGAAUAAAGAUGAUGGAUGGACUGAUUUACAGGACAAGACCCGUUUUCUAUUUUUGCUUUGCAUUUUUAUUUAUUCCAAUGUAAUAGUUUCAUAUGGAUUUUGAUGUGUUUUGGGUCAGUUUUAUUUGUUUAUUCCAAUGUAAUAGUGUUCAGUGGGGCUUUUAUUCUGGUGGAUAGUGGGAAUUAGUUCCUAUUGGAUAUUUAAUUUAGUGGGAAUUAAUUAUUCACUAGAAUAAAACCCCACUAACUAUUAUAAUGGUUCAUGAAGCAUGUGGGAAAAAAAAAAGAACUGACCCAAAACAUACCAAAAGCCAUGAAAUAAUUACAUACAAAAUUUCAAAGGAAAAAUAGAAAAUGGACUGUCUUGCAAAUCAGUCCAUCCAUCAUCUUUAUUCCUCAAGUUUGAUUAAGUAGUUGACCAAUUUAGUCUUCAA